GCGAACACAUCAUUUGAAUUACUCUGCCGUUUACAAUUUGAGUAACACAGAUCUUAUCGAAUAAAUAGUGGACUAGGGAUAUGAUUUUCCUAUUCAAAGUCGUGUUGCCGUAAAACAAUAAUGGAUAGCCUUCGAAUGUUCUCAGUGCGAUCGCGGGACGGCGCGAGCGACUUUUUUUCACUUUUAUUGCUAAAAUCUUUAGCUCUGCUUUAUGUAAUUCUUUCUUUUUCUUCAAUUUUUUCUUUCUUUGAUGACUGUUUCAUUGAUGUAAAAUUUUGA